AGACUGAAGAACACCGCACUCUGCACUGAAGAUCUGCGCACGCAUGUAAGGGAGCUGUCCACAAACUUUGAGAGAUACAGUUAAUAUAGAAAAAGAUCAUGGAGGAGACUAGAGAUAAAAGCAUUGCUGAUGGGGAAGCUAUGGAGCCAGAGGGCCAGAAAGGGAGCACGGAAAAGAACACAGAGGCCAGGGAGAAAUGGGCCAACAAGACUGAGUUCCUGCUGUCCAUGGCUGGAGAGAUUAUCGGACUGGGGAACGUGUGGCGCUUCCCUUACCUGUGCUACAAAAAUGGAGGAGGUGUUUUCUUCAUCCCUUAUUUCAUCUUCCUUUUCUUUUGUGGAAUCCCAAUAUUCUUCCUUGAGACGGCAUUAGGCCAAUACACCAGUGAGGGGGGGAUCACUGCAUGGAGAAAAAUCUGCCCUAUGUUUGAAGGUGUAGGCGUUGCCUCCCAAGUUAUAGUGAUUUACCUGAAUAUAUAUUACAUUGUGGUCCUGGCCUGGGCUCUGUUUUAUCUAUUCAACUCAUUCUGGAGUACUCUACCUUGGACUUCCUGCGACAAUUAUUGGAACACAGUGAACUGCCACAAUAUAAGUAUUACCUACACAGGUUUACACAGACCUGAAGCUGACUGGUCUUUCCUCUACAACGAAACGGAUAAAUAUGAUAACCACAGCAUGAGUUUUCAAAAUGAAUCUGAAUGGCCGCCUUUUAAAGUGAUCUCCCCAGAACAAGAGUACUGGUUCCAUCGUAUGUUGCGGGUGGCAAACAGUGGUGGUCUGGGAAGUGUAAAUGCUGAUCUUGCCAUGUGUCUUCUUUUGGCUUGGGUCAUCUGUUAUUUCUGCAUCUUUAAAGGAGUCAAGACCACAGGCAAGGUUGUGUACUUCACUGCCACAUUCCCGUACUUAAUGUUGUUCAUCCUUUUCAUCAGAGGAGUGACUCUGCCAGGAGCUGGAACUGGAAUUAUUUAUUAUCUAUAUCCUGAUAUCAGUAAGCUCUCUAAUCCUGAUGUAAGUGCACACAAUCCCUGCUUCCCAUUUCACAUGCUAUCUGUGCUCAGUAGUAUCUGAUGUUAGAAUUAGUACGUCCCAAAUAUAGUAUGUUCAAAUGACCAUCCCAAAGACAGAGGAGUUGAUGGUUUGAAGACACAAUUUUAUGGUGUGGAAAUAUUUGUCAGAAUUUGCCUACUUGUCUGAUCUCUAUAAAGCAGGUGGUUGGAUGGGAGUGGGGGUUGAAAAAUUAAAUGGCAAAAAUGAAAGAUGCAGAAAGAUGUUUUAAAUGUGGGUCAUAUUUUGAAGUUUACGAAAGACAAACAUUCUUAGUUUUUAAAUGUGCACAUUUUGCGUUUGUGUAAAAGAAAAAUACACAAGUCCAGAAAUAUGGAAUAUGGCAUUCUGGAAGGAACAAAUAAAA